GUAAAACAAGGAAAAAGAAGGAGAAUUCAGUACCUUUGAAUGAUGGAUACCGGAGUUUACUAGCGUCAUGCUGCUACGGUCCAAGCACCGUCAGACAGUGCAGUCUACAAUUUACAGCGACGCAAUGACCACCAGCACAGUAUUAUUAGGUGCUUUAUAGCAAAGUGAUUUUACCUGAUGACAUCUAAAUCAAAGACCCAGUUGACACCCCUGCCAUGGACAGAGAUCCUUGCGUAUUGGGUGCUGUCCUUUGGCUCACAUCUCUAUUCUUUCUACCAAUUGCACAGGUUCUCAAAACAGCAUGAAGCAGGAUUAGAGAGAGAAUUCCAGUUGGAAAAGGGUCUUCUUGAGGGUUAUAAAAGGGACCCAUCAGACUUUGAGUGGAGUUUCUGGACUGAAUGGGCUAAGAAGUCUUUGCUGUGGACCCUGACUGGUCAUGGCAUCAUAUCGAGACUGACCAGCAUCUUUUAUCCCAAGCUCAGGGUGCCAGUACUCACGAUCUAUGGCCUCUUAGCAGCCAGCAGCGUGUUGGGGGUUAAAGGUGUGAGUGUGUUGCUGGUACAUCUGGGCCUGUCCUUUUCAGUGGCCCAGCUGAGAAAAACCACUUUAUCAUGGGCAUGUAACCUGCUGCUGCUCUCCACACUUCACAUCCAGCCACUUCAAGAGAUCCAGAGAAGCUGGUAUGAGACAGAGGAGGAGUACUAUCUGCUGCUCUUCAGUGUUGCUGUCUGCGGUCUGCGCUUUAUCAGCUUCAGCCUGGAGCACUGCUGGUGCCCUCCAGACCGUGGUGGAGUUGUGCCGCUCUGUUGGUUGUUUUCGUACACCUUUUAUCAUCCCUUUUUCUACAAUGGACCCAUUAUCACAUACAAAGACUACAUUGAGCAGAUGCGGAGGCCUGUCGAGGAGAGUGACAGGGACGGAUCUGCUCUUAGUUACUUGGUGCUCAGAUCAGGACGGAUCCUACUGUGGUGGUGCAUUGCAGAGUACAUGAUCCAUGUAAUGUACAUGCACUCCAUCCAGUCUAAUGAGACCUACUUACAAAUUCUUCCUCCUUGGGCCUUGGGUGGUCUGGCCCUGGCCCUCGUCCAAUUCUUCUAUGUGAAGUAUCUGGUACUGUUUGGUCUUCCAUCCAUGCUGGCUACUUUGGAUAAACUGGAUCCCCCCAAGCUUCCUUCCUGUGUCAGCAUCAUGUACAGUUUCACAGGAAUGUGGAGGCACUUUGAUGAGGGUCUGUAUCGAUGGCUCAUCAGGUAUGUCUACGUGCCGUUGGGAGGCUCACGACACGGCCCUCUUUACAAAAUAUUAUCCACUGGCCUUGCGUUUGGAUUCGUCUGCCACUGGCAUGGUGGCCAUGACUACUUACAGUACUGGGCCCUAAUGAACUGGGCUGGAGUUCUGGUGGAAAACGGGCUGAAGUCUCUCUUUGCGUCAUCCUUUAUUCACUCCAUUGUUGAGCAGAAUUUCUCUGCGGCGAUGAAAAGGCGAAUCAUUGCCCUUCUCUCUGCCUUCUCCACUGCCAUGCUCAUCCUCUCUAAUCUGGUGUUCCUUGGGGGGAUACAUGUUGGCAGAAUCUUCUGGAAGCGUGUCUUCAUUCAAGGCUGGUCUACCGUGGCCCCACCUAUGCUGGCUUUCCUCUACUGCUUUGCUCAGAUUGGACUUGACUGGACUUCCCGCCCGCCAUGAGUCACCUUGACUUUGUAUCGGAGUGAGAAUCUGUGCAACCGGACAACCAGAACGACCCGCUGAGUCCAGUGCCUCGUCCUCACCACCCAGCAUCUCUGUGGCGAAUCUGGCUCACAGCCACAGAACCUAUCCAAACCAGGCUGCAGUGCAGCUGAGCAGUCACUUUCAAACAACCUGCAGGACCAGGCAAAAUCCGUCUGUAAGCUAAGACUUAAAGGAUCAGUGUUCAUCCUUUGUAGUUUCCUGUACUUCAUGGAAAUAAGUGCACAUAAACAUCAAUAGAAUGAGUGCGAUGCUGUAAAUUGAGGACAGUCGUUAAUAUAAGUCAUGUCUUGCCUUGGCUGUGCUGAGGCAUGAAUGAUUCUAAGAAACCGUAAAGGAUAAUUUGGACCUUGAAUCUGUCUUGGCUAUAUGACUCUGAUAAGGUAUUGCUCGGUGGUGCGAUAAACUGGGGAAAUGCUAAUUUUGCAUUUACCGUCCUCCCUCAGCUCGCCACAAAAACAGUUGUGCAUUCAGAGGCUGUCGAUAGACACAGAAGCCUGAAAAGAGCAGUAACCUGAUCACACUAAUAUUAGUAAAUGCAUUGCUUUAAAGCAGCUACACAUGCAGACAAAAGCAAACUUUGGAGAUUAAAGAUUAAGAUUAAAGAUUAAAAAAAAACAAAAAAACACAUGCUGUAUGUUAUGUAUCACCUUGUUCCUUCAAAAUGUCGACUUUACAAUGCCUACACUAGCCCAACCCAGUUGUCAUGUUUGGAUUAAAGUUUCAUGAUUAUAACCA